UUGACUUCCGAUUUCAACAUGGCUGCCCCUCAGCCAUCGCCGCAGCAGCUCGCGGCCAUGCAACAGCAGAUGGCCGCCGAAGCCGCGAAACGUGGAAUGACACCAGAAGAGUUCGCGAACAUGCAACGACAACAACUCACUCAAGAGGCUGCAAAGCGCGGUAUGACUCCGGAACAAUACAUCAACCAUUUGAGAGCUCAGGCCAUGCAUCAACACCAGAUGCAAAAGCAACAACAGUCAGGAGAAAACCACGACCACAACCACAACCACAGCCAUGACCAUGAGCAUGAGCAUGGCCAAGACGACCACCAACAUGAGGGCUGCUGUGACCACAAUCAUGCCCAUCAGCAUCAGAGACAAAUACCUGUGAAAUCAGGAGUUCCAGCGGACCCGAAGGCACUUGCCGUUGCCAAUUUCCUCAGAUCACAAAACCUUAAGACGAGAACAUGCAUCUUGGAUGGUCGGAGAAGAGAAUUAUUUAAGGUAAAACGAGCAAUUCGAGCACUGGAAUCUCCUGCCUACACCAAAGCGGCAUCAAAACCCAACUCUCUACUCCCACCGGUAACCGAUCGCGCUUCUGCCGAAAACACUUUCAAACUCCUGCCCAUGUCCCUUCUCGCACUCCGUGUUUCCAAAAUCGAGCAACCGAACCGUCCCAAGCAAAAACGAGUCAAAGGACAGUGGAACGUGCGUAUAGAGCAGCACCAAGACACCGACCCAAUGAUGCACUACGCAUGGCUCUACGAGGGACCACAGUGGAAGCAGAAAGCUAUGGCUGCGGGCGUUCUCAUCGCCAUUAUGGCAGUGGUCAUGUUCCCACUAUGGCCCAUGAUGUUGAGACAGGGCGUGUGGUAUUUGAGUAUCGCAAUGAUGGGCUUGUUGGGGUUGUUCUUCGCGAUGUCGAUCUUCCGCUUGAUACUAUUCUGCGUUACGUUUUUCGUUGUGCCACCGGGUCUUUGGUUGUACCCCAAUCUGUUCGAGGAUGUCGGAUUCUUUGAUAGCUUUAGGCCAGUGUGGGGAUGGCAGGAGACCAAAAAGAAAAAGAAGAAGGCCAAGGCAAUGACCGACAAUACGAUAACACCUCCUGAGCGACCCUCCCAACCCAAAAGCUCAACAGCGACAUCCACUGGAGCUCAGCCCCAAGCUAACACCGGAGAAGCCACGAAACGUGGAUUGACCGCUAGCGUUGAAGAUGCGGAUGAAGAAUAG